AUGGCAGCUUUUGCCAAAGUUCCCUUGGGAGAGACAACAAUUGAAGAUGAAGACAGUGUUUCGGCGGUUGACUGGAAGAGGGCUGAAGUGGAUCUGACAAAGAAAGCUCAGGAAUUUUUCUUGAUCUGUGACCGAGAAUGCAAGGGCUUUAUUAACCAAAGAGAUUUGGAGUACCUUCAGGCAGAGGUAUCGCUCAGUGCAGAGCAGUUGAAGGAUGUGUUUGAUGCAUUGGAUACAGACGGGAAUGGAAAGCUUACAGUGGAGGAAUUUACUACAGGAUUUAGUCAAUUUCUGCUUAAAGAAAAGAUUUUUGUAAGCAAGGUAAAUUCAGUCCAGGAUCAAAAUGAAGGGCUAAAUUGGGAUCCAUCAGAAAAACGGUUGAUGAUGAUGGACAAUGAUGAAGAACAUUGCUUUCAGAUGCUAAUAGACAACCUGGGAGAGAAGAAUCUGUUCAAAGGUCAAGAGGACGUACGAAUCCUUUGGUUACAACUUCGGAAAGAUGAGCCGCAGUUGCUCAGUAAUUUUGAAGCACUUCUGGGAAAAAUUUCCAUCCAGAUACAAGAGGCAAGCAAGGAAAAGGAAAUGAUGGAGUUUGCUCUAAAAAGAAAGGAGACAGAAUACUUUGAAGAAAUUAAACACCUCUAUGAUGAAACAGAGCAACAGAUUCAAAGGGAAAAAGAGAGAAUAUUUGACAAAGGUAUGGAUUUGAAGUCUCGAUGUCAAGAGCUAGAAGAGGUGCUUAGGGUUAAAGAGCGAGAACAGGAGCAACUCUCACAAAGCCACAAGCGGUUGGAGAGGGAGUUUGGAGAACUGGUCUGUGAAAAGCAAGAAUGCAAGAUGGAGAAUCAGAGAUUAAAAAGGACCACAGAGGAUUUGGAGAAAUCUCUCCAAAAAGCAAACAAUGACCUACUGGAUGCUCAACUUCAGAUACAGGCGCUACAGCAAAGAUCAUCACAACUCCAGGAGGAACAGGAAAUGGAGCUCUAUCGUGUUACUGAGAGCAUGGAAAGAGAGAAGCUAAGCCUUUGUAAGCAGUUGGAUCUCCUGAGAGAAAUGAACAAACACCUUCGAGAUGAACAAGAUAUGUCCAAUCUCAAGAAACCAUUCAAGUAUGGAUCAGGGAAGCAAAGAGCUGUUCGUGCUGCUGGUCAAUGUGUGGAGAACAAGCUGUGUUCAGACAGGCAGGACAUUGGCAAUUCAAAGCUAUCAUUGAACAAUUUGUGGCAAGCUAAUAGACUGAGCCAUAUCAGAAAAGGAAUGGAAAAGGAAUCUCCACCAGCAGAGCAACGGUACUUGCAGAGAAUUAUUUCAAUUGAAGAGGAUCCACUACCAUACCUUCUUGAAGCACAUUCAGCAACUCCAUUACAUAACUGGGUUGAGCUAAAAGAGGAGGAAGGUCAUAAAGAGCAAAGCCAAGAUGUAGCAGAGGCUCCUUCACUGCCAAGCAGCCAAACAGUACGGCCAGCACCAUUGGGACAAGACAGAGAAAUAUUCUCCAACCCCGACCGUUUAUUCAAAAUAAUUUUGGUUGGUAAUUCCAGUGUGGGGAAAAGCUCUGUGUUGAGAAGAUUUUGUGAUGAUGGUUUUUAUCCUGGAAUCUGUGCAACUGUUGGUAUCGAUUACUGUGUGAGGACGGUGAACGUUGAUGAUAGUCUGCUGGCUCUCCAAUUGUGGGACACUGCCGGGCAGGAACGGUUUCAUAGUAUUACAAAGCAGUUCCUCCGCAAGGUUGAUGGAGUUGUCCUGGUCUAUGACAUCACAGCAGCAGCCAGCUUCAUUGCAGUGCAGAACUGGAUGCAGAGUGUUCAGGAAGAAGCUGGUCCUGAAGUUUUAAUCCUUUUGUUGGCCAAUAAGACUGAUCUGGAAAGUGGACGCCAAGUUUCUACAAAAGAAGGGCAGCAGGUGGCAAUGAAAUCCGUGAAAAUAGAAGAGCACCCCAAAGAAUCAGUGACGGAAUCCAAUAUGAUCUUCUAUGAAUGCAGUGCCUUCACUGGUGCCAACAUCACUGAAGCUAUCAUGCACUUGGCAAGACUUUUGAAGGAGCUGGAAGAUAAAAAAAAGGAAAAGUUUGUUGAACUCAGUAUAAACUCACCUCAACAGAAAUCUUGCUGUUCCAAAUAAUAGAAAGUGAAUCGUGUGAUGAGAGAUGUUGGGGGAAGGUAUUGUAUCUUCAGAAGUGUCUACUUGCGCUGUAGAGGUUGUGUGAGUUAGAAACAACCAUCCUGAGUAGAUUUACUGGCUGGUAGUUUUUCUAGUUACUAUUUGAAAUGUUGCUGAACGUUGGGUACAUAUGGGGAUUCCAUGCAUGUUAAAUCCCUUGUGAUCAAACUAUGGCUGCAGGUGAUCAAAUAUCAGUACAUUCUAGGCAGCUACUACUGUUUGGAAAACUGACUUGCCUUGCAUGUCUCCUUUAAACAUGACUUCCUCUCCUGAAACUUCUGCCGUCUAGUAUUUGGCACUUCCAAUAUUAGAAAAAUAUCAAUCCUAUCUGAUAACUUUAUAAACUUCUAUCAGAAUGACCUUCAGCCUGUGCCAUUUGAGAGAAAACAGUCCAAAUCUGUCCAACCUAUCUUAGAGCUAAUACACUCCAAUCCAAGGCCACCCUUCCUUCCUACCAAAGGGCAGCCCUUCUCCCCUUUGUACUUCAGUUGUCCCAUGCUACCCUCUUGUUUAUAAUAUAUGCAUCAAAUGUCUUUGUGUGUAUUCCUUAAUUGUACUCAUCAAGGAUAUUUUAUGGCCACUUUUUGAUCAUUUAAAUUCUCAGUGGGAGAUGUUUCCUAAUUCCUUUGUAUUUCUAUGAGACUUGUUUGAUUUCAGCUUCCUACACCUUACAUAUGACUAAAUUUUCUUUUUGUCUAAAUUUAUAUAAUCUCUUAUCAUUACGAGUUCCUAAACCUGAAGUAUCAUGUACAGUUGCCAUUCUUUACUCUUUCAUGAAACAUACUUGUCCUGAAUACUCACCCCCACCUUACUGCCUUCCCUCUCCACCCCAUCUUCCCUCUUACCCCCACUUUGGACUUAAGUUCAGGGUGAAAUAUUUUAGGGGAAUCUGAAAGGGAAUUCUUCACUCAGAGAUUGGUGGGAGUGUGGAAUGAGCUGCCACUGGAAGUGGUGGAUGUGGGUUUGAUUUAGACACUAAAGAGAAAUUUGGAUGGUGACAUGGAUGGGAGGUGUAUGGAGGCUAUGGUGCAGGUAGUUGGAAAUAGGCAGUGAAAGCAAAACAGGCCGGCAUUGACUAGAAGGGCCGAAGGGCCUGUUUCCGUGCUGCUUGGCUCUGUAACUCUAAUUAGGUCAGCUGAACUUAUAAAUGAUUCACAUAUGCCAGAUGUGGACUUGCCCAAUAACAGCUGCUCUCAUCCUACUCUCCUUAGCUCCUGCCUAAUAACAUAGUAAUUUAUCUUCCCCAAAUUUAUCACUUUACCAUUCCAGGUCCAAGCUUCUCUUUCUUCAUAUUUAUUUCAGAACAUAAGGAAUUGUGAUCACUAUUUCCAAAGUACUCUCCCACUGAAACAGUCUUGUUUCCCUAAACAAGAUCUAGUAUGGCUUCCUCCUCUAGUUGGACUAUCCAUGUUUUGUUUCAAAAUACCUUUAUAGAUGCACCUUACAAAUUCUAUCCCAACUAAGCUUGCAUUGAGUUGCAGUCAAUAUUGGGGAAGUUAAACUGCAACAACUCUGUUAUGUUUCCAUGAUCUGCCCAAGUCUCUGUUUCUCUAUUUCCCAUUGGCUAUUGAUAGAUCUAUUGUGCAAUGCCAUCAGAGUGAUUGUACCUGUCUUGGUUUGUUUAGCUCUACCACAUUGCAUUAGGUAAAACACUAUUAAAACAUACAGGAUACUUUUCUUUGCUCACCAUGGGAACAAUUUCAGAGUUGGAAAGUAACACUAGGACUAUAUGCAGCACUAGACAGACCACAACUGAAGUAUCAUGUACAGUUCUAGUCACGGCUUUGUGGAAAAGAUAUAACUGCACUGCAGGGGGUGUAAAAGAGAUUCACCAGGAUGUUGCCAGGACUAGAAAACUGUGUUUAUGGGAAAAGUUGAGAUUCUUUUCUUUGGAACUAAAGGGAUAUUAUUUCGUUAUCUAUAGUAUUAGGGGCACAAUGGUUUUCCAUUGUUUAAAAAGGGUUCUAAGAGUAAACCUAGUAAUUAUAGGCCUGUAAGUUUGAUGUCAGUGGUGGGUAAAUUAAUGGAAAGUAUUCUUAGUGAUGGUAUAUAUAAUUAUCUGGAUAGACAGGGUCUGGUUAGGAACAGUCAACAUGGAUUUGUGUGUGGAAGGUCAUGUUUGACAAAUGUUGAAUUUUUUGAAGAGGUUACCAGAAAGUUGAUGAGGGUAAAGCAGUGGAUGUUGUCUAUAUGGACUUCAGUAAGGCCUUUGACAAGGUUCCACAUGGAAAGUUAAUUAGGAAAGGUUCAAUCUUUAGGUGUUAAUAUUGAAUUAGUAAAAUGGAUUCAACAGUGGCUGGAUGGGAGAUGCCAGAGAGUAGUGGUGGAUAACUGUUUGUCAUGUUGGAGGCUGGUGACUAGUGGUGUGCCUCAGGGAUCUGUACUGGGUCCAAUGUUGUUUGUCAUACACACUAAUGAUUUGGAUGAUGGGGUGGUAAAUUGGAUUAGUAAGUAUGCAGAUGAUACUAAGAUAGGUGGCGUUGUGGAUAAUGAAGUAGGUUUUCAAAGCUUGCAGAGAGAUUUAGGCCAGUUAGAAGAGUGAGCUGAAAGAUGGCAGAUGGAGUUUAAUGCUGAUAAGUGUGAGGUGCUACAUUUUGGUAGGACUAAUCAAAAUAGGACAUACAUGGUAAAUGGUAGGGCAUUGGAGAAUGUAGUAGAACAGAGUGAUUUAGGAAUAAUAGUGCAUAGUUCCGUGAAGGUGGAUCUCAUGUGGAUAGGGUGGUGAAGAAAGCUUUUGGUAUGCUGGCCUUUAUAAAUCAGAGCAUUGAGUAUAGGAGUUGGGAUGUAAUGUUAAAAUUGUACAAGGCAUUGGUAAGGCCGAAUUUGGAGUAUUGUGUACAGUUCUGGUCACUGAAUUAUAAGAAAGAUAUCAACAAAAUAGAGAGAGUACAGAGAAGAUUUACUAGAAUGUUACCUGGGUUUCAGCACCUAAGUUACAGGGAAAGGCUGAAUAAGUUAGGUCUUUAUUCUUUGGAGCGUAGAAGGUUGAGGGGAAUCUUGAGAGAGGCAUUUAAAAUUAUGAGGGGGAUAGAUAGAGUUGAUGUUGAUAGGCUUUUUUCAUUGAGAGUAGGGGAGAUUCAAACAAGAGGACAUGAGUUGAGAGUUAGGGGGCAAAAGUUUAGGGGUAACACAAGGGGGAGUUUCUUUACUUAGAGAGUGGUAGCUGUGUGGAACGAGCUUCCAGUAGAAGUGGUAGAGGCAGGUUCGAUUUUGUCAUUUAAAAAAAAAUUGGAUAGGUAUAUGGACAGGAAAGGAAUGGGGAGUUAUGGGCUGAGUGCAGGUCAGUGGGACUAGGUGAGAGUAAGUGUUCGGCGCAGACUAGAAGGGCUGAGAUGGCCUGUUUCCGUGCUGUAAUGGUUGUAUGGUAGAUUAGCAGUUAGCACAAUGUUAUUACAGCUCAGAGUGUCAGAACUUUGAGUUCAUUCCAGCACCCUUGUAAGAAAGUUUGUAUGAUCCACUGGGUGCUCUGAUUUCCUCACACAGUUCAAAGACAUACCAGUUGGUAGGUUAAUUGGAUAUUGUAAAUUGUCCUGUGAUUAGAUAGGAUUAAAGUGGGAGAUUGCUAGGCAGUGUGGCUUGAAGAGUCCGGAGGGCUUAUUCUGUGCUGUAUCUCUAAACAAAAGGGUCCUGGAUAGACUAAGAACAAUACACCUGUUGUCCAGAGCAUUGGUCAUGAUUAGAGGGAAGAAAGGCAAAGUACUUUUCAUCCAGAAUGUGUAAAGUCUCUGGAAUGCACAAACAGAGCUUCAGCGAGGCAUAAGACCAUGUCUCAUUUAAAAAGCACUUGGCUGGGUGAUGGGAAAGUGACUUUGAGACCCUCUUUUGGAAGGUGGGAUUAGAUGUGAGCUCUCCUAUUAACAGUAAUGGUCUCUAUCAGGAGUGUAAAUGGUCUUUGAUUCUGUACAAAUAUUCAAGUUAUUGUUGAACAAUUUUGUAGUGCAGCUCUCCCAGACAGGACCCCAAGUCCAUAGGUGUCUGUGAAUUUAUCAAGGUUCACUGACUGGAUUCAACUUGACGGUUCAAGAUUCUUUGCUUUAGUCCAGUUUUAUGCUAAUUCUCCUUUAGCACAGCAGGUUCUGACACAACUGACUAGAUUGGGGAAUUAUUUUAUAAGCCAAUGCGGAGUCAAACACCAUUGUGAGACAGGACUUGCAUAAUCAUUCAAAUAGCUGACUUCCUUCCGUGAAGGGAAUUUUAAACCAGGUGUUUCUUCUGAGACUUGCUAUUCCUUUUAAAAUUUAGUUCCAGAUUAUAUAAAUUAACUGAAUUUGAUUUGCUCUGCUGGGAUCUGAGCUCAUUUGUUUUGCAACUUCUUUGUUAUUAGUACGACAAUUUAACAAUGCGUCUGUUCCCAUGAAAGGGUCUUGAGUUUACUCACUUUUCUGCCAGAAUUAUGCUUUGAUAAAUGGUGUAAAAAUUUUUGUAAACCAGCUGGACUCAAACCAGA